AUGGACUCGCCCCCCUCCGGUUGUGCUCUGGUGCCGCUCCUGCUCCUCCUGGCCGUGCCCAUCCCCAGCAGCUGCUGCUCGUUCGCCUUUAACCCCGUCGGCAGCACCUUCAGCGCCCACCUGAACAAGCUGACCCCCUGGCUGCUCCUCGACUACCCCGUGGCCAUGCCCAGCAACCUGGAGCCGGACAGCGGCUGCUCUGAUCUCUGGGGGCUUCACUUCGGGGCGCUGGCUCUGCAGCGAAUGUUGGGGGUGGCAGGGAAGGAUUUGGCCCCCCUGCUCGGGAGCCUCCUUGCCCAGCUCAGCUUCGUGGCCGACUGCCACAUCCAGGACCCCCAGGGCUGUGUCCGGCUGGAGAUGGUGAAUGUGUCGCAGCUGCUGGAGACCCUGGCGCAGCACCUGGGGGGGCUGCAAGGGAGACCCCUCAACUUCCCCGGCUGCGUCCGCUUGCGCUGCCACCCAGCCCUCACAGGGACCCCCGACACUGGAGCACGACGGGACCUGAGUGGCUGAGCAAUACCUGGGGACAGACACAGGCUGGCUUGAGCCACUGGUGAGAGGCGGGGACCCCCCUCGUUGCCUGCUGGAAGCCCCUGGGGGGCCACACCGGGAUGUCCCGGAGCCACGGAGACACGAGGGGGCUCGGCCUGGCUCCCUGCAGUGCCCAUAAAGGCCAUGUUGACCCUCUGA